UCAGUGUGGGCUGAGGCAUUGUGGGAUCGCUACGGCUCUGCAAAUGGUGAAGACCGGAGCGCCGAGCCCCCAGGUUGAAAUUGACUAUAACUAUAUCGCGCUACCUGGAGAGGCGAAAGGGGAAGACUGUUGGCUACAAUGAUAAACGUCUGUACUGGUAUAGGGGACAUUUGUUAAGAUGUCAUAUGGAGAUGUCACCGCUGUAAUUCUGCUGACAGACAGAAAAUGCCAAAUUAAAAAGUGGAGCUCUCAAUGGACGCUUCUGUAGCGGCUGGCUAACUAGCUAACUAUACUGCUUUUUUAUUUUUUCACAUAAGGUAAAUGGACUGGUGAAAAAGUAGGCCGAAUCUCCUUCCGCUUUCAUUUUAUAUCUGUCAUUGGGAGAUAUUUUAAGAGUGAAAAUGACGACCAGUAGUCCCGAAGCGGUGAAGAAAUUACUUGAGAAUAUGCAGACGGAUUUGCGGUCGCUGUCAAUGGAAUGCAAGAAGAAAUUCCCACCAGUCAAAGAGGCGGCAGAAUCGGGGAUCGUGAAGGUCAAAACCAUCGCUGCGAGGAACACGGACAUCCUGGCAGCGCUGAAGGAGCACAGCUCGGAGGUGGUGCAGCCCUUCCUCAUGGGCUGCGGGACCAAGGAGCCCAAGAUCACCCAGCUGUGCCUGGCGGCCAUCCAGAGACUCAUGUCCCACCAGGUGGUGUCUGAGGUAAAGCCCUGCGCAGUAUAUUACAUGCUGUGGCAGCUGAGGGAAUGGGUGGGAGGAGCUGUUAGACGCCUGGUGCUGCUCACCACCAACACUGUGGUUCACGACCAAGUGCUAUCUAAGGCCAUCGUCCUGUGCUUCCGCCUGCACUUCACCAAGGACAACAUCACCAACAACACCGCCGCCGCCACCGUGCGACAGGUCGUCACCGUCGUCUUCGAGAGGAUGGUCGCCGAGGACGAGCGACACAAAGGUAUUGUGGAGCAGCUACCUUCGGUCCAGGGCAACAGCAACCGCAGGUCCGUCAGCACCCUGAGGCCCAGCGCCAAGGACGCAUACAUGCUGUUCCAGGACUUGUGCCAACUGGUCAACGCCGACGCCCCCUACUGGCUGGUGGCCAUGACGGAGAUGACGCGCACGUUCGGGCUGGAGCUCCUGGAGUCGGUUUUGAACGACUUCCCUGGAGUGUUCCUGCAGCACCAGGAGUUCAGCUUCCUGCUGAAGGAGCGCGUGUGCCCGCUGGUCAUCAAGCUCUUCUCCCCCAACAUCAAGUUCCGGCAGGGCCUGGCCGCCGCCCCCUGCCCCGCCCCCGUGGAGAAGCCCUACUUCCCCAUCUGCAUGCGGCUGCUCAGGGUGGUGUCCGUGCUCAUCAAGCACUUCUACAGCCUGCUGGUGACCGAGUGCGAGAUCUUCUUGUCCCUGCUGGUGAAGUUCCUGGAUGGGGAGAAGCCGCAGUGGCUGCGGGCGGUGGCGGUGGAGUCCAUCCACCGGCUGUGCGUGCAGCCCCACCUGCUACGGUCCUUCUGUCAGUCCUACGACAUGAAGCCUCACUCCACCAAAGUGUUCAGGGACAUCGUCAACGCCCUGGGCUCCUUCAUCCAGUCCCUCUUCAUCGCGCCCAGCGCGGGCAACUCGGCCGUCGCCAACAUGGCCGCCGGCGGGUCCGGGUCCGGCGGCCCGGCGGCGGCUCAGGGCGGCCCGGGAGCGGCGGGGGCGAGCGGGGGGCCGACCACGCAGGCCGCCUUCGAGUACCGGGGCAUCUGGAUCCCGCUGAUGACGGUCAGCGUGCAGGGCAGCGCUAAGGCCACCUACCUGGAGAUGCUGGAUAAGGUGGAGCCCCCGUCCAUCCCCGAGGGCUACGCCAUGUCUGUGGCCUACAGCGCCCUGCUGGACCUGGUACGGGGCAUCACCGCGCUCAUGGAGAAGGAGCUGGCCCAGGAGAAGGGCCCCUCGAGCCCGGGCCCCGGCCAGGGGCCGGCGGACCUCAGUCAGGAGCCAGGUCCCCAGCAGGUUUGGGAGGAGAUGGUCAGCGCCUGCUGGUGCGGACUCCUGGCCGCCCUCUCCCUUCUGCUGGACGCCAGGUACUCCUCUGCCGCCACAGCACCCCCUCGUGGAAGGGUGGACUUGUCACGGGAAGACAGAUCGAUUGAACGAUACACAAUGACGGCCCACGAGACAUCUGAAGGCCUCCGACCAUGCGCCGUGACCGGCUGGGCUGUCACGGCAACCUCUCACAGCGUAUCUGAUGGCUGUGCAGUCGUGCUCUUUAACGCGCUGCGUGUGCUCUUGCGCUCUCCAGCAUACUCCAUCCAGGGCCAGUGUGUGCAGAUCCUCAGCCCGUCCAGCGACUCCCACCAGCAGGUGGUGGCGGUGGGGCAGCCGCUAACCACCCAGCCCCAGGGCACCGUGGUGCUCACGGCGAAGAACAUCCAGUGCAUGUGUACCCUGCUGAGCCUGGCCCACUGUCACGGCGCGGUGCUGGGCACGUCCUGGCAGCUGGUGCUGGCCACUCUGCAGCACCUGGUGUGGAUCCUAGGCCUGAAGCCUGGGAGCGGUGGUGCGCUGAAGCCUGGGCGAGCGGUGGAGGGCCCCAGCACGGUGCUGACCACGGCGGUGAUGACCGACCUGCCGGUCAUCUCCAACAUUCUCUCCCGGCUGUUUGAGAGCUCCCAGUACCUGGAUGACGUGUCCCUGCAUCACCUGAUCAACGCUCUCUGCUCGCUCUCGGUGGAAGCCAUGGAUAUGGCCUACGGGAACAAUAAGGAGCCGUCUCUGUUUGCGGUCGCCAAGCUCCUGGAGACCGGCCUGGUCAACAUGGACCGCAUCGAGAUCCUGUGGAGGCCUCUGACGGGUCACCUGCUGGAGGUCUGCCAGCACCCCAACGCUCGGAUGAGGGAGUGGGGGGCGGAGGCGGUGACCACGCUGAUCAAAGCAGGCCUGGCGUUUAAACACGACCCCCCGCUGUCCCACAACCCGAGGCUGCAGCUGCUGCUGCUCAACCCGCUGAAGGAGCUCUCCAACAUCCUCCACCCGGACAUCCGGCACAAGCAGCUGGAGAGCGUGCUGCAGAUCCUGCAGAGCCAGGGGGACCGCCUGGGCCCCGGGUGGCCCCUCGUCCUGGGGGUCAUCGGGGCCAUCCGCAACGACCAGGGGGAGUCCUUGAUCCGAAUGGCCUUCCAGUGCCUGCAGCUGGUGGUGACGGACUUCCUUCCCACAAUGCCUUGCACGUGCCUGCAGAUCGUGGUGGACGUCGCCGGCAGCUUCGGGCUCCAGAACCAAGAGCUCAACAUCAGUCUGACUUCCAUAGGCCUUCUGUGGAACAUCUCGGACUACUUCUACCAGAGGGGAGAUACCAUCGAGCAGGAGCUGAACAGGGAGGAGGCGGCUCUGGAGAAGCAGGCCAGGGAGAAGGGCGUGGCCCUGAACCGGCCCUUCCACCCGGCCCCGCCCUUCGACUGCCUGUGGCUGUGCCUGUACGCCGGGCUGGGGGAGAUGUGCGUGGACCCCCGCCCCGCCGUCCGCAAGAGCGCGGGGCAGACCCUCUUCUCCACCGUCAGUGCCCACGGCACCCUGCUGCAGCCCGCCACCUGGCACACCGUGGUCUGGAAGGUGCUCUUCCACCUGCUGGACUGCGUGAGGAAGUCCUCCAGCACGGCGGACAAGGAGAAGAUCGAGUCCGGGGGCGGGAACAUCCUCAUCCACCACUCCCGCGACACGGCGGAGAAGCAGUGGGCGGAGACCUGGGUGCUGACGCUGGCGGGCGUGGCCCGGAUCUUCAACACCAGGAGAUACCUGCUGCAGUCUCUCGGGGAUUUCUUCAAAGCGUGGGAGGUGCUCCUGGACCACAUCCAGUCGGCCGCCCUCAGCAAGAACAACGAGGUCUCCCUGGCGGCCCUCAAGAGCUUCCAGGAGAUCCUGCAGAUCGCCACGCCCGCCCGCGACGCCGAGCGCUCCCCCGACGCCCUCGCUGCCAUGGGCGUCCCCGCGCUGGCCGACCCGGCGCAGGCCUGCGGGCCCGGCAGGCCCCCGCCCCCCGAUUCGCCGGCAGAGGGGCCGGGCCGGUACGAGGGGGCGGAGCAGCAGCAGCAGCGGCAGCAAGCCCCGCCCCCCGGGGCAGCAGCGGCGGACGAGCUGGAGGAGGACUCGGCCCUGUGGUGGUCGGCGUGGAACACCUGGUACCGGACGGGGACAUGCAGCACCCGCCCCCCCACCGCCGCCGCCGCCACCGCCACCGCUGGGGACGGGCCUGGUCCCGCCUUCAUCCCCAGCCAGCCCUUCCUCACCGCCCUGGUGCAGAUCUUCCCCGCCCUCUACCAGCACAUCAGGGCCGGCUUCAGCAUGGAGGAGCUGCGCAAGCUCGGCGUCAUCCUGCAGGGGGCGGUGUCCGUCCCCAUCGGCUCCGACGCCUCGCCCUUCAUCCUCCCCGCCUACACCGAGGCCGUGCUCACCAGCCUCCAGGAGGCUGUGCUCACCGCUCUGGACGUCCUGCAGAAGGCUAUAUGUGUUGGCCCGGAGAGCAUGCAGGUCAUGUACCCGGCCAUCUUUGACCAGCUGCUUCUGUUUGUGGAGUUCUCCUGCAAGCCGCCGCAGUUCGGGAAGCUGGAGGCCAAAUACGUCGCCAACGCCAAGUACAGCCAGAUCCAACUGUUUACACCGGCGGAGUGGGUAGCUUUGAACUAUGUACCGUUUGCAGAGAGGUCCCUGGAGGUGGUGGUGGACCUGUACCAGCACACGGCCUGUCACAAGGCCGUGAUCGGCGAGAGCGUUCUGCGGAACGUCAUCAAGACGCUGAGGAUGCCCCUGGGGCUGAAGUACGCCUGCCCGUCGGAGAGCACCUGGAAGCUGGCCGUCUCCUCCCUGCUCGCGGCGCUGUCCGUGGGGCUGCCCGUCGCCCGGCAGCACGCCGCCUCGGGCAAGUUCGACGCCAUGUGGCCGGAGCUCGCCGGCGCCUUCGAGGACUUCCUGUUCCCCAAAAGCACGCCGCCCGAUAGCCUGUCCAUCGAGGAGUUCCGGAAAAACGAGAGCGUGGACGUGGAGGUGGUGCGGCUCAUCAGCGCCCAGAUCCUGCCCUUCGCCAGCUCCAUCCCCAAAGAGUUUGUGGGGCGCGUCAUGGCGAUGCUCAACAGGGGCUCCAUCCACUCCCAGUCCUCCACCUUCACAGAGGCGGAGCUGGAUGUGCGCAUGCGGGAGGAGUUCUCCAAGGCGUGCUUCGAGACGCUGCUGCAGUUCUCCUUCAGCAGCGAGGCGUCCACGCCGCAGGAGGGCUACAUCUCCCGCCUGGCCCUCUCCGUCCUGCUCAGGCGCUCCCAGGACGUCCUGCUCCGCUACGCCGAGGACGAGAGGCUGAGCGGACGCUGCCCGCUCCCCAGGCAACAGGUGACGGAGAUAAUCUUUGUGCUCAAAGCCAUCAGCACCCUGAUGGACUCUCUCAGGAAGACCCAGCCUGAAAACGUGGACGGGAACACCUGGGCGCAGGUGAUCGACCUCUACCCGACGCUGGUGGAGUGCAUCACCUGCUCCUCCUCCGAGGUCAGCCACGCCCUGAAGGAGGCCCUGGGGCCCUUCAAGGACUUCAUGCAGCCCCCGGCAACCAAAGUUCUCAACGGGGAGUCGUGACCCAAGGCGCACAGCCUUUUCGGGCGGGAACAAAGACGUUACCCUCGGGCCCGCGGGGGGACUCUACUCGAGCGACCCAAAAGACUGUUACCCGGGCGACUACGAGGGUUGGCGCUGACGGUGGCCGGACGGACUGGUGCCAUUGUGAACUUCUCGUGCGAGUGGGCAAGCCGACCUCACCUGCAGGAAUUUAACAUACCACUUACUACACUAAAAAUGGCAGCGUUCUCAAUUUAACUUUGUUUCUCCUGAAAGGAGGAGUGAAUUUACUGAGUAUGAUGAUGAUGGUGUUAAUGAUGAAGCUAAGAAUAAAGGCUUUGGUUGUUAUUACUCAAAAUAAAGCAACAACAACAAAACAAAACAAAACAACAAAAAAAAUGAAGAAAAUACUUUUUCAUCAGGAAGAUUUUUCUUUGCUAGGUCUUACUGAAACACUCCAUUUCAUCAUCAGCCAACCUAAGGAAGGAUGUACUUCUGAAUGUGUGUGUAAAAUAAAUGGUACAAUUCAGUUUUAAAAA